UUCCCUUUUCCGGUUGAUUUCCUACCCACAUUUUCCGGUUGAUUUCCUACCCACAUUCUCCCGUUUUGAGGAGGCAAGAAAUAACAGUUACAGAGAACGAUGAUUCCACAGCAAUGGACGCCUCCGUGUGGAAGCCAGUGCAACCAAAAAUACGCCGCACUCACGCAGAUUCCAUGGCGAGUAUUUUGCAAGAAGGGGUGCAACUCUGAUGAGGAGACAUGGGAAGAAUGCUUGGAGAACUGUGACCAGACAUGCUAUAAGGACCCUGUGUUAAAGGACCGUCAAUGGAGUGCUUAUAUUGAUCGCUCUCCUGGAGCUGCCAGUUACUCCGAGGAAUGUUUCCACGCUUGUGUAGCUGGAUGUGGUUUCAAGUUUGACAUUCACCCUGAGAAAGUUGAUCAAGUUCAUCCUAGUAGGCCAACUAAACCUCCACCUCCUGACAAGCCACCUGUUGAGAAGCCACCUUUACUUACUUCCGGACCCAAUCAACCCAACUCUCCUGCUGAAGACAUACCCUCGACUUCUGCAUAGAGGGGAUCAAACAUAGUUAAUUUUGUCAUCAUUGAGUUGCAGGAAGACUCUUUUACUUCCUGCCACAGAUUAACAGAGUUUCAAGCUCCUCUUUUGUCGAUGGAAGCAGAGGUUUUCAAUCUAAUGUAGUCCUCAUUGGGAACCAUGAGCGUCAUAGUCAACUUUCACCUAGUUUUAACUUUUACACAGUAGUUGAUGCAUAACCUUGUACAACUUAAGUGUAUUUUCCUGUCCACUUGAAUUUUUCCGAUGACAGGUUUACAUAGAUCAUCUAGGAAGUUAUAUGUAGAUGAUCUAGUCACUUUUCAUUUUUCCUUUC